ACACAUAAAUUCGUAAUUAUGGACUUCGAGUUCUCAAUGGUGAACAAGACAAGCAUGGUUGUCAUCUCCGGAGCUAUAUCCAAUAGCGUAGACCGCUUUAAGAUUAGGAAACUGGAAGGACGACCUCUUUUGCUACCAGUUAAUGAGGAAGCUCGACCUAUGGGUGAUGCGGAGCUUCAGGUGGCAGUGAGAGAAAUCAAGAGAGUUUUCAGGGUCAAGACCGAUUUGAGAGAUGCUUGUUUAGACCAAUUGAAACAAAGUUUGAGUUCAACCAGGAAUAAUUUGACUAAGGGAUAUAUAGAAAGUUACAUACGUAGGGGUAAUAAGAAAAAUGUAAUAGUAGUAUGGAACGGACAUUCAGAUAAAAACAUUUUAAAGAGAUUAGACUUAGACCAUUAUCCCAUGCUAAACAUAACGUGUUACGACAAAUAUUUCAAUAAAAAUUUUUAUAUUCAGUUUGAAAAAUUAGGCAAUAGAGAAAUAAUUUUCGAAGUAGAUAUCGGUACAUAUAAUAAAACUGGAAGGCUACUUAAUUUAGUAGAGACCCAUGAUAUAAUAUGUAAAAAGAAACACCAUACUACGUAUGCGCAUGAAUCGAGAAUGGAUGUCAAAUAUACUAAAUGUAUAUUUGAUUAUGUGAUACGGAAACAGCGAUAUGAAAAUCUAGUAAAGCAUUUCUAA